UGCAGUUAAGUGUCUCUGAACGGGUUGCAGAGGGAGGCAGAAUCAUCUCUGAGCGAAAAGUUUUCGGACUCUGCAGUGGAGAAAGUGCGCGUCCACCGGCUCUUUACGCACCGAGCUGUCUGUUGAUGUGAGCAGCAGGGAAGACGCACAACUGGAAGUCGCGCAUUUGCGGGGGGUGAAUCCAAUCAACCAUCAUCCAACAUGAGUAACGUAUCCAACCGGACCGCUAACCCUUGUGACGGCGAACCUCCGUUCGCUAUCGACAACAUCAGAAAUCAAGACAUAUUUGGCAUUAUUUUGUAUUCAGUCCUCACCUUCAUGGCAACGAUUUCAUUGCUGGUCUUCCUAGAGGAGUGCGUGUACAUUUACAAGAAGGUGCCUGCCAACAAGAAGAGUGUAAUCAUCUGGGUGAACGGGGCAGCUCCGGUGAUCAGCACCAUGUCCUGCAUAGGGAUGUGGAUCCCCAGAGCCGUGAUGAUUACAGAUCUGACUUCGGCCACCUAUUUCGCCAUCGUGGUGUUUAAGUUCCUGAUUAUGAUGUUGGAGGAGAUUGGAGGGGACGAGGCCUUCCUGAAGCGAGCUAGCAAACACAAACUGAAGAUCAGCACUGGGCCUUGCUGCUGUUGCUGCCCCUGUCUCCCACACGUGGCCAUCACAGGACGCACUCUCUUCCUGCUGAAGCUUGGAUCCUUCCAGUUUGCCCUUCUGAAGCUUAUCUUCACCCUCCUUUCCAUCAUCCUGUGGACCGACGGGAAUUUCAACCUGCAAGAUAUGAGCAUUACUGGAGCAGCAAUAUGGAUCAACCCGUUUGUUGGCAUCUUGACAGUCAUUGCUCUGUGGCCUGUCUCCAUCAUUUUCAUGCACCUGAGGACCACCUUGCGAACGCUUAAGAUCAUCCCCAAGUAUGCCAUGUAUCAGCUGGUGCUGAUCCUGAGCCAGCUGCAGACAGCUAUUAUCAACAUCUUGGCCAUGAGUGGCAUUAUCGCCUGCUCUCCGCCUUUUUCGUCUCCCGCCAGAGGAUACAUGCUGAGUCAGCAGCUCCUCAUCCUGGAAAUGUUCAUCAUCACUCUGGUAACCCGGCUGCUGUAUCGACGACAGUACGAGCCUCUCCCAGAAGAAGAACCGGGCGACAAUGAAAACAACAAGUUGAUGACAUUAACAGUUUCUGUGUGAGGGCUAGAGGAAUGUGUGCGUCUGAGAGUCUUUAUGCAGGGGUUUGGUGAAAGAAUUAUGUAAAGUUGUGUUAAUCAAUAAAUAUGAAAUCGAUGCAAAUGAACUUUGAGGUUGUGCAGCUGACUGACUGGAACACUCAGGUCACUUUUUAGCAAUAUGUUUUGGCAAGUAAGCAUUCAUCUUCAGAUUGAGGAAAGCUCAGUUGGAAAGCUACUCUCUGUAACCUCUUGGAUAUAAACACUAUUGAUGCUAAUAUAGCUGAGGCAACUUAGCUAUACUUGCUGUGAAUAAUUGUCCUUCAUCCACUGAUGGCACCUUAUUGAAAUUUUUGGCACCUUUUACGUAUAAAAAUGUUUAGUUUCCAAACUAAGUGAGGCUUUUAUACAGUUAAUUUGAUGUUUUUUUUAAUGGUCCCUUCAAAGUUCAGUUUAACUGUUCAGGUUUUAUUCUCAGGCAUGCUUUCUAAAGAUGCUGAGUGUAAAGUUCAAUCAGUAAGUUCAAGCUGGCUAGUCCUUGAGACCGUGAAGCCCAAAUUGUAACACCUCCACCACUGUGCAUCACAGCAGAAUGAGUAGCUCGUCAAGGAGCAUGUCAUUUGUCUGUACUUUUCGCUGCUAUUAUUAUGACUUUGGAUCAAGUUAAGACUACACUUCUGAGAAAACUACUCUCUGACAAUAUGUUCACUGUUUAUAUUUGCCCUGCUGUUCUUUUCUAACAUCAACUGUCUGCCUCGUUUUCCCCUCUCAGCUAUGGUUAGUCAGAUGGCAAAUCAAUGUUUCAAAGAGAAUCAAAUACUUUUAUUUUGUGUGUUUUUUUAAAAAUCUUUUUUCCAUUGCUAUUAAGAGUAUAUAGUAUAUUAUGCGUGUAUUGAAUUUGUGCCUUUGUGGUUAUAAAUGUUGGGAUCUUUGCCUUACAGGGAUUUAAAUAACCCUCUAUUUUCCCAUGAAGUGUGCUCCUUGUAACAUGUGGAACAGCUGUUUCAUAUGAAUGAUGAAACAAAGUGGAAGUCAUAAGCCAAAUAUUUGUUAGAGGAGAACAUUUUAGAGUUGUUAACCAAUGCCAUUGUUGAUAAAAUUGCUUGUAUUUUUAUGCAGGAUUUUGUUUCCUUGUUUGUGUGGAAACAAAAGGGUACAAAACUUGGUGUCUCUCAGGUUCAUUUGCCUUUCAGUUUUUUAACAAACAACUCUAAAUUAGGGAAACAAUAAAAAAGAAAAGAAAACACCAUAUAAAAUAUAUCAAGCAAAAUUGGUUACAUAAAGGAAGUAGAGGGGAAUUCAGUUUAGCUGCAUUGAAUGUGAAAAGAACUUUUCAUGUAUUUCUUUGUUUUUGUUUUGUUUGUUUUUACAUUUACUAUUAAAUGUUUCCACUGCAUCUUUAUGUGCAGGUUGUUUUGAUAUCUUUGACAUUUAAUUUGAUAAUUGUAAAAAGAAUUUACAGAAAUAAAUGCAUUAAUAGUCUCCAAAACCUGCUUGAACUCAGUGUGGAAUUAAACCCAUCUCCCUCAAUUUAUGUGAACUACAAAUAAAACAACUUGACCGUUUA